ACACACAAACACUGUCACACUCUGUCUUCAUGUUGUUCCACAUGUUGAAGACGAUGCAUCGUGUCACCUCCGGCCGGAGCUUCUCUCCUCCUCAGCGGAAGUAGGACGACUGUCGACGCUGUUUCAGGAGGACCAGACGCCGGAUUACUGUCAUCAACAUCCCCAGCCACCAUGGACCUCUCCUUCAUGGCAGCGCAGAUCCCGAUGAUGACUGGUGCCUUCAUGGACUCAUCUCACCACGAUGACUACAGCACCGACCACUCUUUGUUCAACUCGUCUGCCAGCGUCCACGCAGCCUCCAUGGCAGCUCACAGCCAGCCAGAGGAACCCCAGCCCAUGUCCAGGGACGCCAUCUGGCUCUGGAUCGCCAUCACUGCCACCAUUGGAAACAUAGUGGUUGUGGGCGUAGUGUACGCCUUCACAUUCUGAGUGUAACUGCUCUGAGGCGAGCGUUUGAAUGAGCGUGGGCUGUAGCUUCUGAACGGCAAUGAGCUGUUGAAUGCAGUCUCUGCUGAACAGAUGACUCAUCAAAUGGAGCUUCCUCACUUCGGUUAAAUUACCCUGCAGUCAUCAAAGCACUCAAGUCAUAAUGAACUGCCAGGGUAGCGUGGAGAGUGGAAAAAGUUUAUACCGAAUCUAUCUCAGAGGAAAUAGAGGCACCAACGGCAGACAUAAUGUACAAAUGUCUAUUUUCCUCUGAGUUUAUGUUUUUCUCCCUGUAAUGGUCUAUAUUUACAUGUACAAAAUGUUAGUGUGUGGCUUCUUGCAAGAACAGGGUUGUGUGUGUGUGUGUGUGUGUGUGUGUGUGUGUGUGUGUGUGUGUGUGUUCUCAACUACCUAUCAAACAGUGGACCUCAGCGUUGUUUCACACUCAUUAACGGGGACCAUCAAGCCAACAGGGGACAUUUGGAGGUUCCAUCAUUACAAGCACACAGGGGAGGUCCACACUUUGAAUCGUGCUUAAAAAUAUAUUAAAAACACUGGUGAUGUUUAAAACACAGGUGGGGGACCAGUCCCACUUGGUCAGUUUAAAAUGAAUGUCUUCUGUUGGUACCGUAGGAAAGUACGUGUGUGUUUGUCUUACUAAUAACGUUCUGAAACAGUGUUCAGCGGAUAGGGAAAAGAGUAGAGAGGCCUUUAUGUUUGUAUUCUUCCAUCUGAAAAGUUUUUAUUCUGAAACCACCGAUUGAAACCCAAGUUUUACUUUUGUAAAACUUUUGUAAAAAUUUUGAAAUGUGUUUUGUGUUUAACUGUUGGCGUUGUUUACAUCUCUGUUGUAAAUUAUUAGAAGAAGAAUUUUCUCAUCUUUAUUGUACAGUAGUCAAGGCUUAACCCUCAUUGCCCAUUAAAACCAGCCUUCACUGCGUUUAUUAAAGAAAUACACUAUAUAUUUCUUCAGUUGUGGUGAUUUCACAGACCUUGUUAAAAAGGAAUAUUUGAUGAAAUUAAGCAAAGCUCUCCAAUUGAAUUAUUCAUUGAGCCCUUGAUGAAAAGCAUAGGGAUUGAAAAUAUAAAAAGGUGUAUAUGUAGGAGUGAACCAACAGCCUCCACUCUUGUAUGGGCCAUACUUAACCUUAAUUUGUUCCUUUUUUUAACAAUCGUGGCUGUUAAUUGCUUUGCCUUUGAAUAGUCAACAGUUUUUGAAUCCGAAGUCGUUUUCUGAUAAUUUCAUAAACUGUCAGUUAUCAGUCUGUCAUA